ACUCGCGAGGAGCGGGGAGCUCGUUUCCGUUGUCUGGGGCCGUGUUUUCUGUAAAGGCAGGAUAAUUUUGGGGUGGUGGCUGUUCGGUUCACAACCUCUUCUUACAUAGUACUCCGCGUUGGGAUUUAAGUGUAAAGGCAUCAGGAAUCGACUCUUCUACCAUUUGAAUGCUGCUAGUUAGCUAGCUAUUCUAUUAAGACUGGUUUAAAUUUAUUUCACUUUUUACGGAGGAAACAAGUUUGCACAGAGUGAUCUAACGUUAAAUCUGUUCCUCGUGAACACCCGGCAAGUGAACAGCGUUCCAAUCAGGACAGAUGCAGGCCAUUAAGUGUGUGGUUGUAGGAGACGGGGCUGUGGGUAAAACAUGCCUGCUGAUCAGCUACACCACCAAUGCGUUUCCUGGGGAGUACAUUCCCACUGUGUUUGAUAACUACUCCGCCAAUGUGAUGGUGGAUGGGAAGCCCGUGAACCUGGGACUGUGGGAUACAGCUGGACAGGAAGACUAUGACAGGCUCCGCCCCCUGUCCUACCCUCAAACGGAUGUGUUCCUGAUUUGCUUCUCCCUCGUGAGCCCCGCCUCAUUCGAAAACGUCCGCGCCAAGUGGUACCCAGAGGUCAGGCACCACUGUCCCAACACUCCCAUUAUCCUGGUGGGCACCAAGCUGGACCUGCGGGACGAUAAGGACACCAUCGAGAAGCUGAAGGAGAAGAAGCUCACCCCCAUCACCUACCCACAGGGCCUGGCCAUGGCCAAAGAGAUCGGUGCAGUGAAGUACCUGGAGUGCUCGGCUCUGACGCAGCGCGGGCUGAAGACCGUGUUCGAUGAGGCCAUCAGAGCGGUACUCUGCCCCCCACCUGUGAAGAGGCAGAAGAGGAAGUGUUCCCUGCUGUAGGCGGAGGGCGGGGGGGAGAGGGGGGAGGGAUGCCAAAGCUCUGCCAGGGGAUAAACACAAGAAGCAUUUACAUUCAGAUAUGCCAUUUUUAUAUUUUAAAUCUAGUGGUACUAUUUAGUACUUGCAUUUAAUUAAUUUUUGGAUUAUCCCCCCCGCCUAGAUUUUACUGUUGGUGUAUGGAGAAGUUCGAGCAAGCGCUCGCCCCAAAAACUGUCCGCUAUCAGCACAAACACUAAAUCAUGUUCCUGUGGCCUUUUAAAAAUAUUUCUGAAAAGGUAAAUGGUUUAUGUCCUUAUUGUUCUUCUGGAUCAGGGUUCUGUUUGUCUGGUCUCUUCACUCAUACUGAACUGAGGCGUGUUUCCAAGGUAACAAGAGGGUUGGGUGGCGAGGCUCCAACCACUAUUAACACUUUCAUUUAAGGUUUUACAUCAUAUGAAGUACAGAACAGAUGAAAUCUUUGGUGAAAUGGUUUUGUGGUCAACAGACAAAGUGAAGCGAGUCACCACUUCUGUCACUCUGGAGAUUGAGUGAUGAUGAAGUAAAGCAGUGACCUGUGUGUUGUGGCCAAGCAGGCUUGUUGACCAGUAGUGUGAAUGAAAUGUUCUUCCUACAAGGCGAGUGAACAGGAGUUCAGCUGUCUUUACAAUAUAUAUUUACAGCCUGAAAGGUGAACAUUGUGUAUGCUUGUAUUUUUGGGGUGGGGACCUUCAAGAAGACAUUUGUCGGGCUCCGAUAAUCAAGCCUGGCCUUGCUCUUCUGUGAUUGGCUGUCAUGUGAUGGAUGAGCAAAGAUACUGGAGCGGCAUGGCUGGAUUCUGACUGAAGAUUAGAGCCAAUGGGAGCAGCUCUGUCUGGGCACUAAAAUGGGGAGGGGCUUCCCUUUCACCAUUUUUAUAAGCAUGGUGCAUAGGUUUAGAUACUGUUGCCCAGGCUCUAAGCUUCACAUUCAGGACUUGAUCACCUCUUAUAUUUUCUAUUUUUUUUUGUGGGGCAUUUAUAAGUUCAUACAGCUAUUCCCUGUUAGCCUUUGUGAUUUCUAUCUUUUGAAUCUUGAGUUACUUAUGAAACCAAGCAUUUAAUUGUGAAUAAUGAAUGCUAAUUUAAAAAGAAUAUGGCUGCUUCAGCCUUGCCAGUUAUGCAUAAUCAUAUAAUCAACAUUGUUAUAAUAAUCAUGUGAAUUGGCUGUUUUUUUUUUUUUUUUAAAUGAGUCCUGUUAACUAACAAUGAAUGCGAUGUCAAAUUCUACACCCUUUAAUGCAAAAAAAAAAAAAACCUACUCUAAAGCUUGUCAUUGCUGCAGACCAUAUAUAUAAUGUAUUGAAUUUACUGACAUGACAUCUUUAGAACUAGUGUAUUUUCUUUUUUUCAGUCUUUGAAUCAUUAGAUCAAAACCACUGAAGUGACAGGAUCAACACGCAGUGUUUCUGCUUGAGUGUUCAGCUGUGCUAGGUUGGCACACAAAAGUAAACUGGUUAACGGGCGUUUUGAUUUUCUGAAAGGAGGUAGCCUUGUUUUCACAUUUUUCUGAAAUAAAAGCCAGUAAAUUCAAA